AUGUUUGCGGAAGCUAUUGCAACAGCCAGGACCAUGGAUGAGGAGCGACAGCGUAAUCCUACGAAACCACUGCCACCACUUUAUGGCCUGCCCAUCUCGCUCAAAGAUGGCUUCAAAAUUCCGGGCUUUGACGCAACAAUGGGCUUCGUCAGUCUCGUCGAUCAGCCAGCUACCACCUACAGUGCGCUUCCAGCAUUGCUGAAGGAUCUCGGCGCUGUGUUUUACUGCCAGACCAGUAAGUCCAGGUACAGAAGCCUUGAUGAGACACCUGGGACACACCCAGGACCCCCAUGGCCUCUGCCCCGUUCGUUUGAGACACCUAGGCUAAUAUACCUUACAGAUGUUCCUCAAACGCUCAUGUCAGCAGACUCCUACAACAAUGUCUUCGGCCGAACGCUGAAUCCCUACAAUACCGCGAUGACUCCAGGUGGCUCGUCUGGCGGUGAAGCAGCAUUGAUAGCUAUGCGUGGAUCUAUCCUGGGUCUAUGCACUGACAUUGCUGGAAGUGUUCGUAUACCCGCAGUGUGUAACGGGAUCUAUGGCUUCAAGGCGUGUGCUUCAAUCAUCCCGUACGCAGGUCAGCAGUCUCCAGCAAGUCCUGGCAUUCCUGGCAUCAUCCCUUCCAUUGGACCUCUGGCAACAUCUUCUCGUGCCUGCGCCUUCCUGCUCGAGAAUGCGAUGAAGGCUGAAGCGUGGAGAUACGAUGGAACUGUUCUUCAUCUGCCGUGGCAAGAUUGGCAGGCAAAAUCGUCCCAGCCUCUCCGGAUUGGUCUAAUCGAGGAUAAUGCCAUGCACACGCCUUCGCCGCCCAUUCGAAGGGCACUGCGUGAGAGUGCAGAAAAGCUUCGUCGUGCUGGCCAUGAACUCGUCCCAAUAUCGCUUGAGGAUCUCAACAUCACCCAGACAGUGGACGAGAACGGGGAGAUGUACGGUCUUGAUGGCUCUCAAAUGGCCAACAAACUCCUCUCUGCCUCGGGUGAGCCUGUGGUGCCCUCCGUCAUCAAAGCGGCUCUCCUGGACAGGCCCGCAAAGAUACUGCCAGAAAUCAUGAGUCUCAACGACUGCGCGCAUACGGCGGUCCCGAUCGCCGACUGGUAUAGUGUCAGCUAUACAUCGCUGUUCAACUAUCUGGACUGGCCGGCGACGGUGCUGCCCGUGGGGACUGUGAGUAGUGAGGACGUAGUGGACGAUGGUGCAAAGUAUGGAGCGCGGGAUGAACACGUCUACAAGUCGUAUACUGGGCCUGAGGAGUAUGCUGGGCUGCCGACAAGUAUUCAGCUGUUGCGACAGCCGCAAGAGGAUGAGAAACUUGCUUGGUAUGCUCAGGUCGUGGAUAGGGUCCUGCAUAGCGAGGCGUAG